AUGCAUCUCAGAACCAUCUUCUUUACUGCCGCGCUGGCUACCACUGCUUUGGCGAGCCUCAACACCUCUCGCGAGUAUCAGCUUCAGAGCCAGCUAAAGCCUGGCCAAGCAGACAAGAAGCGGUUUGAUAAUCUCUGGCUUGUAGCCUCGCACACCGGAGCAGGCUUGAACGAUGCUGUCUUGUAUACCAACAAGUCAUCAGGCAUCAAAGGCUUCGCCAAUGACACUAACAUCACCCAAAGCAAUGGGAAGCCUUAUUUCAACCAGCUUUUCGACCUCGGAGGAGCUUUUCCCUACGAUCUGUAUAUCGCAGAUGUCAACUUCUAUGCUGCUUGGGAGCCUGUGCGUAUCAAUGCUGGCACUGGUGCAGGCGGGUUCUUCUUCAACUCCAGUGGUCUUCAGUGGGACGAAAGCCCGGGUUCUAAGGUUGGUCAAAACUCCUUCGGAGGAUGGCUUGUGUGUGACUGGUGGCACGGUGUUCCCCAGCUUUUCUCAAAGUGGAGUUACUACCACCUCGAGAAUCCCUCGAGCUGUGCCGAUAUCAACCUGAUCCCUCGCUACGUCUAA